AUGAGCUCUGAAGGAAAGGCUCAGUUGCCGACACCCGAGGCAGCUUCACCAAAGGGAGAGGCGAAGUCUCCCACCCCUGGUCCCGCGUCCCCGGUCCAAGCAACAUCCCCUACUCCCGGUCCUGCGGCUCCAGGUACUGCAGCGCCUGGCCUUCUCUCUGGAGCUCACUGGGCUGAUGUUGGACUUCCAGAAGAGGGCGCGGAGAACGACUGGGACUCAACCUUGGGGAAUGAUACCGAGAGCUCCACUGCAUCAAUCAGCUCGAGUAUUCUCAAGUAUCGAACUAUUAAUGGUCGUACUUAUCACAGCGACAGUGUGACCGACGGAGAAUACUGGGGUCCCAACGAUGAGAAGCAGAAUGAGAUGUUGGACAUCUCCCACCAUGUGAUGACCCUUUUGCUUGACGGCAAGCUUUACACGGCCCCUAUCACAGACAACCCUGAGAACAUCAUUGAUAUCGGCACUGGCACCGGAUUGUGGGCCAUUGACAUGGCCGACGAGUUUCCCGACUGCAAUGUAAUCGGUACAGAUCUUUCGCCCAAUCAACCUACUUGGGUACCUCCUAACCUUCGAUUUGAAAUUAAUGACGCCUCUAAGGAGUGGACUUACCAACCCAAUUUUUUUGAUUUCAUCCAUAUGCGUUGGCUUACUGGCGCUAUUAGAGAUUGGACUGCGGUGUACAAGGAGGCUUACCGGUGCCUGAAGCCUGGUGGUUGGAUCGAGCAUAUGGAUUCUUCUGGCGAUGCUCUCUCACACGACAACUCCCUCGCCGAUGACUCUGCUCUAAAGCAAUGGGGCAAGAUUUGGCAAGAAGGUGGAAAGCGACUUGGAAACCCAGUCGACCUGCUCCCGGCCAACUUGCAGGAGAUUGGGAUGAAGGAAGCCGGGUUCGUAAAUAUCACGAAGAAGGAUUACCUGAUCCCGGCUUCACCUUGGCCCAAGGAUGAAAAGCAGAAAGAACUUGGCCUUUACUUUUCUACGACGUGGACGGCAGACCUUGAGGGCGUAUGCCAGUUUAUGUUCGGGAACGUCAUGGGCUGGGAGAAGGAGGAAAUUUCCGCCUACUUCACUCACCUGAAGUCCGAACUCAAGGAUACGAGUAUACAUGCAUCUGUGAUUUACCGCGUGGUCUACGCGCAGAAGCCGUUGGAUGCUUGA